AUGCAAAUCCGGGAGUCCUGGUUCCAUGUGGCAGCAGACUGUGUGAUCACCUUGUGCAGUAUCCUUCCCCUUGUGUCUAUUCCGGCCAUGGCUUAUUUGUUCUACAGCUAUUCGUUCCGCUGGAUUCAGUUUAGAAUGCCUCGAGAUGCGAAGUACUACCCGUGCAUGAGCCAGACCGUUCUUGUAGGAAGGGUCAUUACCGAGGUUCUUCUGUGGGCGUGGCUGCUGCAGUGCAACGUCAGGGCAGGACUAGACCUCGCAGCUUUCAUUCAGAUGACAAGAGAGCUGAGCUGGAGUCAACAGACAAUGGAGUACAUCAUCCAGUAUACGCAGGUCAACUUCAUCCGCAGCAGCCUGUGCGUUGCCUCGGUCUUUUUUUUCCGCUCUUUCGCAUGGCAUGCGAACGAAGCCACGGAGGCAGUCAAACUUCACAAGCAAAGCGCUCUGGAAAAUCUCAAGAAUGGUGCGCUAGUGCAGUCAGCCCAGCAGCCUGGAUAUCAGAAGACUGAGAGAAUCUUGAAAAAAUUGCGCGGAGAGGCACCGUGGGCGGAUUAUUUCAAAGACAUGGAGGGGGUGAGUCCGCAAGAAGCCAAAAAUGAACUAUCAAGGCUCUGGGAGCUGCUCCGGGAGAAACCUGAGGAGCUUUGCAUUCACACGGUGGUGUCUUUUCUAUCGUCUCUCUUCAUGGUUGCAGGGGUCUUGCUUCUGUCUGUGGAGAAAGAGCUCCCAGCUCGGAACGAGCUAUUCAAAGGCGAUCCUCAGUCGUUCGAAGUGCAGUUCGCAGUUGUUUGGUGGUGGGGCAAUGUGCUGGUAGGCACGGCUCUAGCAGUGCAUGGUUGGUCGCACAUGACCUGGGCGAUUACGGAAGCCAGUUUCAAGUUCCGGGACAACAUCACCCAGGCCGCUGCCCAAAACCCGAGACUCUAA